CACUGAAUCAAAACCACACCUCUCACAUACUUUGACCAGUUGCCUUGCCGCUCCUAUCACACCCCUCUCCCCCUCGGCUACCCCACUCUGAUCUUUUGAGAGAAACUGCGAGCAGAAGCGGCCUCUGUUUGAGAGAAGAAAAGGCUGGAGAACCACCCUUCUUUCUCUUUGUCUCUUGAAGAAAACCCUAACUCACCUCAGUACCCCCAUAUUACGCUUAAAAACAAAAGGGAAACAGAAAACACCCAAAGAGAGUUAGCUUCCAUUCAUCUCUAUCUCUUUCUUCCCUGAUGGAACUAUCAAUUUCAUGAUCCUGGGCUGUUUAUUCCAUUCUUUACACCAUCAUAUACCCUUUUGUCCAAAACCAAGUAAAAGCAAGCCAAACGCUGUCUUCUUUGUAGAUCAGAGCUUUAAAGACAACUUGGGCUUCUCCCCCCUUCUUAAAUGAGCCUGAUCGAGUCUGUGUGGUAAGUCAAUAAGUAAGCACGCAAAAAUCUCACUGCAUAUAUAGAUACAUCUCUCUCUCUCUCUCUCUCUCCAUAUCUCUGUCUUUCUUUUACGUCUUUCCCUUUUAGUUUCUCUCUCUUUUUCUUGAAGAAAAAUGGAUUCUGGCAAUAGUGGAAGUAUGCAAUCCUCCAGUGGUGGAGAUGAAGAGUAUGAUUCACGCGCUGAGUCAAUCUCAGCUUUCUUGAACAACAAUAACAACCCAUUAAGCCAUGUUGGUCCCAUGUCUAGUAACCCACCACCACAACCAGAACACCACCACCACCAAACCCACCACUCUUCUUCAUCAUCAACGAUGUUGUUUGACCCUUUAUCAAACUAUUUUGAUCCUUUAUCAUCAGCAUCAUCAAGAUCACCACCACCUCCUUUCACGAACCCAAAUUCACUCCUCAAUCUUGAUAUGGUUUGGUCUAAGAACUUAAGAUCUGAACCCAAUUGCACUGAUCUUGGUGGCUUCAUUUCGUCUUCCUCACCAACCCAACAGUUGUUUACCAACCAAACUCAAACUAGAACCACUUUUCAGUCUCUACCACCACAUGGACAUGAAAGUGCUACAAGAGGUCCAGUUUCAGUUUCAGGGACAAAUGAUCAAGUCAGUAACACUGCAGGGGUUAGAAACCCGAAGAAAAGAUCAAGAGCUUCUAGGCGUGCACCAACUACUGUCUUGACCACAGACACCACCAAUUUCAGAGCCAUGGUUCAGGAGUUUACAGGGAUCCCUGCACCACCCUUCACAUCCUCACCUUUCCCAAGAAGCAGGCUUGAUCUAUUUGGAACUGCAGCCUCCACUUUGAGAUCAGCUGUCUCUCACCAUUUGGACCCUUCACCGCCUCCUUACCUUUUAAGACCGUUUGCUCAAAGAUUCCAACCACCUCCACCACCAGCACCACCAUUUGCCUCUUCAGGCUCUACUGCAUCAUCAUUUUCUACUUCUAUGGUUGAUGCUAUAGCCUCCACUACUACAACUAACAUCAACAAUUCCGGUGCUUGUACUAAUAGUACUACUACUUCUAAUAUCUCCUCAACUUCCAUUAACUACCAACUACCUUCUGAUUUAGGCCUUUUGAAACAGCCGCACCACUUGCUCAACAUCAACGUCCAAAACCCAAUUCUCAAUUUCCACCCUCUUUUUCAAGCCCCUCAAAAAUAUCCACUUCCAAAUUCAACCAAUAUCCUUGGCACCACAAAAGCACAACAAGGGUCUUCUUUAGAAAUCCCAUCAAAUGAUUCACAUCUCAAAAUGGGUGGUUUAGAAGAGUUCGGGAUGAGCCACGGCCAUGUUAGCACAAACCUUACAGGGCUUCAAAAUAUAGUUUCAUCAUCAUCGUCACCAUCAGCGGAUGCGACGUUAAUGAGAAGAAGUGAUCACAACAACAAUCUUGCAAACUGGGGAGAUGGGGUUGGUUCAAAUGAGGGUGGCCAUCAUCAUCAUCAACAACAACAAGGUCUUCUAAGGUCCAUUAAUGGCAAUUACAAUAACUCAACCCAGCGUGUUACAAACGGGAAAGUUAACUUCUUGGCUUCAUCAUCAUCAGAUUUUCGUGGUGAUAAUAAGGGGCAAGAGAAUGUGGCUACAAGAAGUGAAGGUAUGAUGGAAUCGUGGAUUUGUUCUUCUGAUUAGGAAUAUAAGUUUCUUAUUAUUAGUAUAUGAUGAUCACCAUUAAGAAGUAGUAAAUGAUAACGAGAUCAUAAUCAGAGAGAGAGAACGAAGAUGAAGAGGAUAAAGCUUAAAUGGCGGUGAGUAUCUAUGUUGAUGCAUGAAAGAAAAGAAUAUUUUUUUGUCUCUCUCCAUUUGAACCAUGACUUUUGGUUAACCUAAUUAGGACAACUUUUUUUUUUCUUUGAUUUUAUUUCCUUUUUAAUCUCUCCUAGUUAUAUGUAAAUAAUAGCUUUUCUUUUUUAUUUUGACAUUUUUCCAUGUAUUAUUAAUUCAUGAUCCUUGUACAUCCCUAUACAAACGAUCAUGGCACUCUUAAUUACUUCUCCUAGCUAGCUCUUGAUAGUAAUUAAAAUGCUUUAGUUUAAUUUACGAAGUUCAA